AUGAGUGACGAAGAAAUCAAAUCGUACGGUGAGAAGAACGUCCACCAUGGGACACUCGGCGAACAUUUCCAUGGUCACCAGAUGGGCACCGACCCUGAGGUCCACGACCUCGUGGUUGGCGAUCAGAACGAGCUCCACCGUGCGCUCAAGGGUAGACACAUGCAGAUGAUUGCUAUGUAA